CCGUGUGUGAAAUAUACACACCGUUUCAAUUCCAUUCACCCACUCUAUUUACAAAAAAAAACAUUUUAUAUAAACACCAAACCCCAAACUUAGGGUUUCUACUCACCUCAUACAAAAUCAUUCAUUUCAUUUUAUGACAAAAAUUAAUCAAAUUAAUUAGUUAAUUAAUUAAUGGUGGAAAUUGAGAAGAAACUUAUUAAUGGCGAUGAUAUUAGUAAGAACAACAAGAAGAUGAACAUUAAUAGUAAAUGGCGGUUGAGUGUUUAUCUAAUUGGAUCUCUGAUUGUACUUUUACUUGCUACAUCUUUAACUAAAUCGCCUUUGCAUUCUCGCAAGUUUCCGAUCUUCCGUUCUCCGUCUUGCCGUUGUUCCGAGGAUUCUUAUAAAUAUACAGGCAUUGUUGAGGACUGUUGUUGUGAUUAUGAGACUGUAGAUAGUGUUAAUGGAGCAGUUUUGUAUCCGUUGUUACAAGAACUCGUUACUACCCCCUUCUUUCGAUAUUUCAAGGUUAAGCUAUGGUGUGAUUGCCCCUUCUGGCCUGAUGAUGGCAUGUGUCGACUGCGUGAUUGCAGUGUAUGUGAAUGCCCAGAACAUGAAUUUCCGGAACCUUUUAAGAGACCACCACUGCAUGGUCUUCCAAAAGAUGAUCUUAUAUGUCAGGAGGGAAAGCCAGAGGCUGCUGUUGACCGUACUCUAGAUGCUAAGGCAUUUAGAGGGUGGGCAGUUGUAGAUAAUCCUUGGACCAGUGAUGAUGAAACUGAUAAUGGUGAGAUGACAUAUGUAAAUUUACAACUGAAUCCCGAGCGUUACACAGGUUACACAGGACCAUCAGCUAGAAGAAUAUGGGAUGCUAUAUAUUCAGAAAAUUGUCCAAGAUAUUCAUCUGGAGAAAGUUGUCAGGAGAAGAAAGUGCUAUACAAGUUGAUAUCUGGUCUUCAUUCCUCAAUUUCUGUCCACAUAGCUACUGAUUAUCUCCUUGAUGAGACUACAAAUCAGUGGGGUGCAAAUCUUCAGUUAAUGCAUGAUCGUGUCUUGAAACAUCCUGAGCGUGUGCAAAACUUAUACUUCACGUUCCUUUUCGUUCUCAGAGCUGUAACAAAAGCAGCCCCUUACUUGGAGCAGGCUGAGUAUGACUCUGGUAACCAUUUGGAGGAUCUGAAAGCCCAUUCUUUGAUCCGACAACUAGUUCACAAUCCCAAAUUACUAGCUGCAUGCCCUCUUCCAUUUGAUGAGGCUAAACUGUGGCAGGGCCAGAGUGGACCUGAACUGAAGCAACAAAUCCAGAAGCAGUUUAGAAAUAUAAGUGCCCUUAUGGACUGUGUAGGUUGUGAAAAAUGUCGUUUGUGGGGAAAGCUUCAAGUUCUUGGCCUCGGAACUGCUUUGAAAAUCUUGUUCUCUGUUGAUGGUCAAAAACAUCAGCCUUUGCAGUUGCAAAGGAAUGAAGUGAUAGCACUAAUAAAUCUGCUUAAUCGGCUCUCAGAAUCACUUAAAUCAGUUACUGAUAUGGGUUCUUCUGCUGCUAUGAACGGGGUGGUCCUAGAAACUCCUGCCAAAGUAAUCAAUGUGAUUCAAAGAUUACGGCAAUCUUGGAUGGCUCAUUGGUCGAAGAAUGUGCCAGUGUCUCCGUUAUAGUGAACUUGCAAUGCUUUCAAAUUUUGAAGCAACCCUAACCUGAGACAAUACACAUUAAGUUAGAUACACACAUACAAUGUGAAUAGAGGGGGGAACCCACCACAUGUAACGCUAAAAUGGACUCCAGGUUCUCAAAACUGGAAGACUUUUGUUCUGUAAGGUGUUCCUUGACAUUUUCCCUACUUGUGGGCAAAAAUGAAAUUCUGUAUCUUGUUAGUUCUUAAAAAUGUGGUCGCGUGUGGUAGUGUUUUCGGUCUUCCUUUGAAGCCAGUCAAGCCCACCAAAACGAAAGUAAUGGCUCAUUAGUUGUCAAGGUGUUUGUAUUAAAUCAAUGAAAUUAAUGACGUCAUGAGGCUA